AUGUUCGGCUCACCUCUCUCCGUGAUCAUCUACGCCCUUAUUGUAGGCCUCGUCACAGGUCACGCGAUCCCAAUUGACACGAUCAUUGAUCCGAGAUCUCUCGAAGAGCAGGGCAGAGAGAAACAGCCCUGGGCAGCUCACGACGUCCAAUGCCACAACGAAGCCGACUUCCCGGGCCACGCCGACAUCCACGCCGCCUGGCAAUGGGAAGCUACGAAGAGUUUCUGCGACAGCGACCAGGGGAAACGAAUCUUCACGACCUACCAGGAUCCGGCGGAAAAUCAUUACCCGGUUGUCUAUAGAUUGCGCUAUAGGUGGAAGGACAUGUGGAAAGUCAACUACGACUUUUACGUCCAGUGGGUGGCUGGCUGCAGAACGGCAUUUGGUGCGCAGAGGGUCGAUGAUCCGCUGCUCAGCAAGGACGGGAAACCGUCCUGUGCAUCCAUCAUGAAUAACAAUUUCAAAAAGUGCAACAACGGUGGCGUCGGCGGCGCAACGCAAGUUGGAUGCCUUCUUUACACGUUCAACGGUGGUAAAGGCGACAACCUGCUCACGGCGUCUGAGCUUCAACAGCGCAAGAUCUACGACGAGAAGAACGGAAUCACGAGAGUGCAGGACCCAUGA